CAUCUCUCCCUCCUCAUACUGCGGGCAUAGCUCUGUUUAACGGGAGCCAUACAUAGGAGCCAUACAAGCUUCAUUGCUGUAUUUUCAUCCUCCUCGACGCGCUGGAAUCAUGGCGCUCAGUGCUGCUGCUGCUGCUGCUGUGGAAGCCUCUUUUCAUCCCUGUUUCCCCUCAUGCCCCCCCGCGGACAAACCGGAAUGGUUUCUUCCAGGCGAACCUGUCACUGUCACCGCGGCGGUGACGGCAGCCGAAGUGUGAGAGCAGAGAGGGGGGGAGAAGAAGGCUUCAUCCACUGCCUGCCAUUGCAGUGCGGCGGCUGCUGCUCUGGAAGAUCUUUCCCAUUCCUAUCCUGUAAGAUUUUCACCAGCUCGUCGCGGGGACCAUUGCUUUCGCGAAGAGCGCAGCAAUGGAGGAGACUGUCAUUUGGGAACAGCACACAGUAACACUACACAGGGCACCAGGGUUUGGCUUUGGAAUAGCCAUAUCAGGAGGUCGGGAUAACCCUCAUUUUCAGAGCGGCGAGACCUCCAUUGUCAUCUCAGAUGUGUUGAAAGGCGGCCCGGCUGAAGGCCUAUUGCAGGAAAAUGACAGAGUCGUUAUGGUCAAUGCUGUCUCCAUGGACAAUGUGGAGCAUGCAUAUGCGGUGCAGCAGCUUCGGAAAAGUGGGAAAAUUGCCAAAAUUACAAUCAGACGAAAGAGGAAGGUGCACGUCCCCAUGGGCCGCCUCGGGGAGAGGGAAACCAUGUCAGAGCACGACGAGGAGGAGGAUAGCUACGACGAAGAGAUAUACGAGACGCGGAGCGGACGCAGCGGUGCUUACAGCGGCGUGGGCGGGGCCAUGGGCAGGAGAAGCGGGCGUAGCAGUGGGCGGAGGGACAGGGAACGAGAGCGCAGCGGCUCACGGGAGAGGAGUCUCUCCCCACGCUCAGACCGCCGCUCACACAACCUGCCCCCGCGUCCUGCUAAGGUCACGCUUGUCAAAUCUCGCAAAAAUGAAGCAGAAUAUGGCCUGCGCCUGGCCAGCCACAUCUUCGUCAAGGACAUUUCCCCUGAGAGCCUGGCAGCCAGGGACGGCAACAUCCAGGAAGGAGAUGUUGUACUGAAGAUCAAUGGCACAGUGACAGAGAACCUCUCCUUGAUAGAUGCCAAGAAGCUGAUAGAAAGGUCAAAGGGCAAGCUAAAAAUGGUGGUUCAGAGGGACGACAGGGCGACCCUGCUGAACAUCCCUGACCUCGAUGACAGCAUUGCUUCAGCCAACGCCUCUGACAGAGAUGACAUUUCAGAUAUCCAUUCACUGGCAUCCGAUCAUUCCAAUCGAUCGCAUGACAGGCGUCGUAGCAGCCGCUCCCGCUCACCGGACAGACGAUCCGAACCCUCAGACCACUCCAGACACUCGCCCCCUCAAAUCAGCAAUGGCAGUCACAGAAGUCGUGAUGAUGAGCGGAUGUCGAAGCCGGCUUCAACACCAGCUAAGCUGGCAGAGGAGGUUCCUCUGCCUAAACCGAAGGAGGUGCCCUCUGCUCGAGAGGAAAAACAGCUCCCACCACUCCCAGAGCCAAAGCCGGUGUAUGCUCAGCCUGGACAGCCAGAUGUAGACCUGCCAGUCAGUCCUUCUGAUGCUCCUGUGCCAAGCGCUGCCCAUGAUGAUAGCAUCCUCCGGCCAAGCAUGAAGCUGGUGAAGUUUAAGAAGGGGGAGAGUGUGGGGCUGCGGCUCGCUGGGGGGAACGACGUGGGCAUCUUUGUAGCCGGAGUGCUGGAGGACAGCCCAGCUGCUAAGGAGGGCCUGGAGGAGGGCGACCAAAUUCUCAGGGUAAAUAAUGUAGAUUUUGCAAACAUAAUCCGAGAGGAGGCGGUGCUGUUCCUGCUGGACCUUCCUAAGGGUGAGGAGGUCACUAUUCUCGCCCAGAAGAAGAAAGAUGUGUAUCGGCGGAUCGUGGAGUCAGACGUUGGGGACUCCUUUUACAUCCGGACACACUUUGAGUAUGAGAAGGAAUCUCCCUAUGGGCUAAGCUUUAACAAGGGGGAGGUCUUCCGUGUGGUGGACACCCUCUACAAUGGCAAGCUGGGCUCCUGGCUGGCUAUUCGUAUUGGCAAGAACCACCAAGAGGUGGAGAGGGGCAUCAUUCCCAACAAGAACAGAGCUGAGCAGCUCUCCAGCGUGCAAUACACUCUCCCGAAAACAGCAGGGGGCGACAGGGCCGACUUCUGGAGGUUUCGUGGUCUUCGAAGCUCUAAGAGGAACCUGAGGAAGAGCAGAGAGGACCUCUCCUCUCAGCCGGUCCAGACAAAGUUCCCAGCUUAUGAGCGAGUUGUGCUGAGAGAGGCUGGUUUCCUGAGACCUGUGGUGAUAUUUGGGCCCAUCGCUGAUGUUGCUCGAGAAAAACUCUCCAGAGAAGAGCUGGAGCUUUUUGAGCUUGCAAAAAGUGAACCGAGAGAUGCAGGAACAGACCAGCGGAGUUCAGGAAUCAUCCGUCUUCACACCAUUAAGCAGAUCAUUGACAGAGACAAACAUGCUGUGCUGGACAUCACUCCGAAUGCUGUGGACAGGCUGAACUACGCUCAGUGGUACCCAAUUGUCGUCUUCCUGAACCCCGAUAAUAAGCAGGGUGUGAAGAACAUGAGGACCAGACUGUGUCCAGAGUCCAGGAAGAGUGCCAGGAAGCUCUAUGAGAGAGCCAUCAAACUGAGGAAGAAUAAUCACCACCUGUUCACCACCACCAUCAACCUGAACAACAUGAACGACGGCUGGUACGGAGCUCUGAAGGAAACCAUUCAGCAGCAGCAGAACCAGCUGGUGUGGGUGUCUGAGGGGAAGGCGGAUGGCACUACAGAGGAUGAUUUAGACAUCCACGAUGACCGCCUGUCCUACCUCUCGGCACCAGGAAGUGAAUACUCCAUGUACAGCACGGACAGCCGCCACACCUCUGAUUAUGAGGACACGGACACGGAGGGCGGAGCGUACACGGACCAGGAGCUAGAUGAGACAUUGAACGAUGAGGUGGGUCUGCCCACAGAGCCCGCCAUCACACGCUCUUCAGAGCCUGUCAGAGAGGACCCGCCUGUAAUUCAGGACACCCCUGGUUACCCUGGAUACCAGCACCCUGUGCAGUCCGACCCAGCCAGCCGCAUAGAUCCUGCUUCUUUCAAAAUGGCCGCCCCUCAACAGCAAGAUGAGGCUGCUCUGCCCUUGCCCUCCUUGCCUCCACCGGUGGUAGCGCCCCCUGCUGUUGAGCAGCCCGUACAGCUAGAGGGUAUGCACCUAGAGGAGCCGCCUGCUGCAGCCGCAGCUCCUCAGGCUGACUCACUUAGCAGCCCCGGCCCUGCCCCUGAGCUUAUUCAGCCCCCACCACCACCACACGAACCCCACCCGUCUGGACCGCCCGGUCCAGAAUCAAAGAUGUACAAGAAAGAUCUGUAUAAUAUGGAAGACCCUGUGCGAAUCAACCACGGCCUGAAGCAGUCUAUGAGCUACACGCACCAGCCGCCGUACCAGGACAAACAGCCAUACCGCGAAUAUGACCACCCGCCUUACGGAUACGAUGGAGGCGGCUACACAGAACCAAAGCCUCACAACACUGACUCUCACCUGCACUACGACAACCGUGUGCCUCAUUAUAGCGAACAGUGGCCCCCAUAUGACCAGCAGACCUCGUCUACCCCGCCCGCAGGGUACCAGCAGGGCCACCAGCAACCCAUGGGCUACAGCCCCCGCUCCCCGUACGAGGACGGGCCAGGGAGGGACUACAGCCCUCCUCAGCCGCGCUACGACGAGGCCCCACCUGUGGGCUACGAUGGCAGACGCCACAGCAAACCCGGGCCCAUUCGUUACGAUGAGCCCCCACCCCCACCACCACCAGCUGGCUAUGACGCUCGCUCUCCUUAUGAGGCAGAACCUCACGGCUUCCCCAUCAAUUCACCUCGAUCGCCAGAGCCCCCGAAGCAGUAUUACGGCGAUUCGGGUCUCAGGCCCACCUACAUGCCAGGGCCGCCGAACAGGGGCUACAAGCCAGGGAUGCAUGAGACUAUGAUGAACUCUGAAGCCACAAUCCCCCCUCCAAAACCAGAGACCCUGCCCUCGCCAGGUGAGCCAGCUACCACGCCGGGCUCCAAACCCUUCCCUCCUCCGCCCCGGGACGACCUUGACGAGGACCCGGCGAUGAAGCCGCAGUCGGUGCUCAACAGAGUCAAGAUGUUUGAGAAUAAACGGUCUGUUUCUAUGGACAGGGCUAAAGAGGGAGACUCAUCAGCACUCAGGCCUGCAGAUGUUCCCAAGCCUGCAAGUGCACCUGGCCCGGUGCUCAAAGCCAAUUCCCUCAGCAACCUGGAGCAGGAGAAGUCCUAUAGGGCUCCCGAGCCACAAAAGCCUCAUCCUAAACCCCUAGAUGAUGCGAUGCGUUCCAACCACUAUGACCCCGAUGAGGAUGAGGAGUACUACAGGAAGCAGUUAUCCUACUUUGAUCGCCGCAGCUUUGACAGCAAGGCCAUGGGCCAACCCUUGCCUGGCAUCAACCGCUUCCAUGAUCUGCCCAAACCAGCUCAGCUGUCCUACCCAUACAACAGGGUUGAGUCUGUAGAGAAGGUGAGUCCAGUGGAGAAGAGAUAUGAACCUCUGCCUCAAAUCAGCCCGUCCUCACAGUACGGGCCUCCUGUGUCCGCCAUCCCACCCAACACACUGCCGAAGCUCAGCCCCGGUGACGUGAACUCCAUACCUGAGCCGAUGACCUCGCCUAAUCCUAAACCUGAACUGGCAGCUCUCAGGCCGCCAAGCAGGGAUGAACCCACACCAGGAGGCUACCUGCCCCCGAGGGGGCCCCUAGAUAAACCAGUCAACGGCACAGAUACAGCACCCCCAAAGACCAUUGGUGCUCCUGCCCCAACCAGCUACAACCGCUACGUCCCCAAGCCGUACACCAGCUCAGCCCGGCCGUUUGAGCGCAAGUUUGAGAGCCCCAAGUUCAACCACAACCUGCUGCCCAAUGACACACAGGUGAAGACUGACCUCCUCUGUAAGACCGGCGUGGUGAGCAACAGCGGGGGGAAGCCUCAGUUGUCUCCUCAGCCCCUGGAUCACGACAGUGGCCUGGACACCUUCACACGCACCAUGGACAACAGGCCCAAAUACCAGCACAAUAACAUCAACGCCAUCCCAAAGGCCAUCCCUGUGAGCCCCAGCACGCUGGACGAUGAAGAUGAGGAUGAAGGACACACUGUGGUGGCCACUGCCCGGGGGAUCUUCAACUGCAACGGAGGCGUCCUCAGCUCCAUCGAGACGGGCGUCAGCAUCAUCAUCCCCCAGGGUGCCAUCCCAGAGAGCGUGGAGCAGGAGAUUUACUUCAAGGUGUGCCGGGACAACAGCAUCCUGCCCCCCCUCGACAAGGAGAAAGGAGAAACGCUGCUAAGUCCGCUGGUGAUGUGUGGCCCUCACGGACUCAAGUUCCUGAAGCCGGUGGAGCUGCGCUUACCUCACUGUGCGUCUAUGACCCCUGAUGGUGAUCCUAAAACCUGGCAGAACAAAUCUCUCCCUGGAGACCCAAACUACCUGGUGGGUGCAAACUGUGUGUCAGUGCUCAUUGACCAUUUCUGAAGAGGGCAACAGCUGGCCUGUUACUGAAUGUGAUACACAGGGGGGGAACCUCACAGUCCGCCCCUGUCGCGCUCCUUCCUGUGGGCGAGGUGCACGAUGCUCGAUGAAGUAUGAACUUGAUACUCUCACGUUGUUUACUGUGCCCAAAAAAACGGAAAAAAAUACACUAAAAAAGAAGAAGAAGAAACACACAAACACACACACACACACACACACACACACACACACACACAGGAGGAGAGUCGGAGGAGUCCAGCAUCCCUAAGGCUGCACUCUUGUUUUUUCUUUCAUUUUUUUGGUGCUUUCAAGGCUUGCAAAAAAUAAAGAUUAAAACAAGUUAUUUAAACAAAGGAACUGAAGUUGGAAUGCAUGACCAGUGCCACAGACUGAAUACUCUCAUUUUGACAUUUUUAAGCUAAUUUUGUAAAAGGUCAGAGCAGUGCGAGGAAGAAGGAGAAUUUUGAAUCUUGUUUAAUAUUGCAACGGGAUUUUUGCGUACUGUAAAAAAAAAAAAAAAAGAAGAAAACACAAACAGAGACUCACAAACAGUAAAGUUGGUAUAUGCAAAACUUUAGUUUCUGAGUCCUGUGGUCAUGCGUUUCACUCAUCAAUGAUCUCUGAGGACUUGAUGAGGCUCAUGAAAGAAGAUAAAGUACGAAUAAUGAAGGUUAGGUAUUAAUACGAGGCGCCUGUUUGUUCUGGCGGGGCUCUCUCUCUUUAAAACUGAAGUUUUUGUAGCAAUGUUUUACCGUAGAUAAAUAUACUGACUUGAUUUUACAAACUCCUGCUGUCUAGAGAUCUAUGCAUGUGCUAUGACUCAGGUCCAGAAGCCUGCUACUACUAAGUUCAACACAUGAAAAUCCCAUCGUACACUGCAAGCAGUGAUGCCUUAUCUGCAUAUUAACUUUUCAGUGAAAACUUUCAAAACAUCGGAUCCUUCAGUUAUAGCGAUCACCACGGAAGAAAAAGUUUGUCUCUGCAUUUUUUCUCAUUAACAGUGAACUCGGAUUUAGCACACGAGAAUAAUCGAGGCUGAUGAAAAGGUAUGCUUUCUUUUACUGCUAUGCAUAUGAAGUCUGAGGAAAUACAAAAAAGCUAGAAGAUGUUUAAAAAUGUGGCUGUACAUAUUGCUAGUAUAUGGCCUUGGUUCUCUGUAAAUGAACUUUUGUACAUCUUUGUUAUUUUGUAUAAAAGAGAAAAUGUUUGUUUAAAAAGAGAAAGCGGUUACAUUGGUUAUGUUUGUAUUCUGGUUAUACCCCUGAGCCUUGGAACUGACAUAAGCAGUAAUAAGUCCGACUUUUCUACCAACAUAUACAUACACUACUUAAGGCAUUUUUACUUAAGGUCAGAAAACUUUUUAUUCUUAUUUACAAACUAGAGAAGUGCUUGGUUUAAAUAAUUUUAAAAGAUGUAAUUGAAGGGGUCUGCUGUGAAGAGUGGGCCCUUCCUUUAUUUGUGAUACUGGAUGCUGUAUUGUGUGCCCUGAAAUGUAUUUUUGUACUAAUAGACAAUUUAUUAUGGCACAUCAGUACUAUUUUCUUUUGAUAUGAUAACACUGCUUCAACCCAACACUAGUUUACUUUCCUGUGUGGCUGACAUUCUUUUUAUUUAUUUUGAUUUCUCUUCGGUUCAACUGUUUGUUUGUUUUUCCUUUGCGACACAUUUCUAAGUAUACCACUGUAUUAAUAAAUAAAUUCAUUUUUAAAGUAA